AUGAACUCGACGGAUGCUGGAGCGACCAGUUCUCACAGUGUCCAGCCCCGCGUAAACCAUCUACUGAGAAAACUGGCGAAUACCGUUGGCACUAAUCCUACCCCAAAGCGCAAAAUCAACCGGCAUUUCGUCCCCACUGUAGCGGUCGAAUCCUCAUCUGCAGCGGUCAAGUUCUCGACCGGUAAUACCGACUACGAGGUCAUACCGGACCCGUCGGACGACGACGACGAAUCUGCCAGUGACGGCGAGCUGAAGCCACGUCGGAGAGAGCUCGCACCUGGACGAUCUGCUGCAGCGGCCAAGUUCUCGACUGGCAGUACCAACUAUGAGGUCGUACCGGUCUCGUCGGACAACGAAUACGAAUCUACCAGCGAUCUGGAAGUGAUCGUUGGCAAACCCCGCACCCCCCAAGCAAUACGCACCAUCACGCAAGCCCUAACGCCGGGCAUGGUACGCAUCAUCCGUCUCAGGAUCAAAGGGCGACCAGUAGAAGAAGACCCGUUGGCUAUCCGCGGUGACUUAGAGGAUAAUCACCAAGGCGUGUAUGCUAACCUUCUCUUGUCACUCACUUUGGCCGGCCUCUAUAUAGGAAGUGGGUCGUCCGACGGGGACGGGCGGGCGGAUGUUUAUGAACAGGGGCUGUGA